AUGAGGCUUCCAGUGCUGCUGAAACUUGUGCUCGCUUUAGCAACCUUAUGCCAGGCGUUUUCAGUAUCAAACCACUCAAGUGGAGCUGUGACAUGGGACGAAUAUAGCUUGAUAGUCAAUGGGGAGAGGGUUCUCAUCAAUGCUGCUGAGUUCCAUUACCAGAGACUGCCCGUCCCUGAAAUGUGGUUGGAUGUGCUGCAAAAGUUGAAAGCAAAUGGCUUCAACACAAUUAGUGUCUAUUUCUUCUGGAGUUAUCACUCUGCUUCCAGGGAUGCAUAUGAUUAUGAAACCGGGGCACAUAACAUACAGCGUCUUUUUGAUAUGGCCAAACAGACAGGCCUAUGGGUAAUUGCCCGACCGGGUGCUUAUGUCAACGCACAAACAAAUGCGGGCGGUUUAGCUCUAUGGGGCUCCGAUGGCUCCAUGGGAAAGCUGCGGACCUCAGAUGAGGCCUAUCAUCAAGCUUGGCUUCCAUAUAUGAGGAAGGUCGGACAAAUCAUUGCAGCGAGCCAGAUCACAAAAGGUGGUCCCGUCAUACUCUUCCAGGUAGAAAAUGAGCUACGAGAGACCAGCCAUAAACCCAACAAUACUCUCGUUACGUAUAUGGAACAGCUUGAGUCAGGAAUUAGGGAUGUGGGAAUAACGGUUCCUAUGACUCACAACGAACAAAGCACGAGAUAUAUAUCCUGGUCAAGGAAUUACGAGAACGUUGGUGGCGCAGUCGACAUUUAUGGCUUUGACGACUACCCUGCAGGAUUCCUUGUCGGGAACAAAUGUGAUGGAGCGACUGGCUUCGAUGUAGUUCGAACUUACUAUCAGCGUACUUUGACUUGGGGUGCACCGCAAAAUUAUGAUGAUUGUCGAAGCGAGCACAGUACUACCUUUGUGGACAUCUACUACAAGAACAACAUUGGCCAGCGCGUGACGCUACAGAGUAUAUACGAAGGCUAUGGAGGGACCAACUGGGGCCACUCUGCUUGCCCGGUGGCAUAUACCAGCAAUGACUAUAUGACCCCCCUCCGAGAAACUCGCGAGCAAUGGGCCAAGCUUUGGCAAACGAAGUUGAUACAACUCUUCUCAGGAUCAGCACCUGAUUUGCUCAAGACGAAUAUGCAUGGGAAUGGGUCGGGUUACAGUCUCUCAACACCCGACGCUUAUAGCUGGGUCCUGAAGAAUCCAGAUACCCAGGCAACAUUCACUGUGCUGCAGCAGAAUGAAACUCCAUCAACCGCUACCAUCACCUUUUCAGCCUACUUGAACACCAGCCUUGGCAAUGUGACUGUUCCAGGUAUCCAGCUUGAAGGGCGCCAGAGCAAGAUUCUAGUUACCGACUAUAAGUUUGGUAACCAAACUCUGCUGUAUUCGUCAGCGGAUGUACUCACGAAUGGCGUCCUGCCCCACCACGACGUUCUAAUAUUGUAUCUGUGGGAAGGACAGACAGGCGAGUUUGCUUUAAGAACGUCGAAGAACUUGACGUUCGAGGUAUACGGCGCGUCUACCGUAUCGUCCACGAUUCAUCAUGGUUACCAGAAGAUUAGGUACACACAGUCUACCGGUUCUACUGUCCUUCGUUUUUCAAAUGGGGUCAUUGUUCUAUUGCUUGAUCAACCUACAGCAUGGCAUAUCUGGGCUCCGCCAACAUCAAAAUACCCUUCUCCUAAGCCAGACCAGAAGCUUUUCAUUCUCGGUCCGUACCUAGUUAGGUUUGCAUCAGUCAAUAACGAAGUGCUUCAAGUGUCCGGAGACAACAACGGAACUAUGACGUUGGAAAGUUUCAUCGGCGACGUGCCCAUCAAGGCAAUUGAAUGGAACGGCCAGCUACUCACAGCGAGCAAGACGCCCUAUGGUUCCUACACAGCCCAAAUACCUGGUACAGAAAACCGAUCAAUUUUUGACGACUCCAGGUGGACGGUCGCAAACAAGAAUAGUACCCUCAGUCCUAUAGCUCCUCUUACCCUGCCAGUCCUGUUUUCCGACUAUGGUUACUACGCCGGUGCUAAAAUAUACCGUGGAUACUUUGACGGCAUCGAACACACCGCAGUCAACAUUACCGCCUCUGGAGGCCUUGCGUUCGGAUGGAACGCAUGGCUAAACGGACAUCUCAUUGGGGGCCACGCUAGCGAUCCCAAUCUAUCAGCCACGAAUUUGACUCUAACGCUUCCAGUGUCCCAUCUCAAGACGAGGAACAAUGUCAUCACAGUCUUAGUUGACUACCAUGACCAUGAUGAAACUGAUAUCCCUAACGGUGCUGAGAAUCCUAGGGGCAUUCUCGGUGCGUAUCUCCUUCCAGGAGGUACACGAACAGAAACCGGGUUCAGACUAUGGAAGAUUCAAGGUAAUGCUGGUGGUUCGAAGAAGAUUGACCCAGUCCGUGGACCCAUGAAUGAGGGUGGCCUCUAUGCUGAACGACUAGGCUGGUUCCUCCCUGGCUUCCCGGCUUCAGAUGACAAGGAGUUCAAGAGUACUUCCAGUCCGCUAGACGGCCUCUCAAGAUCAGGUGUCCGCUUCUAUGUCACAACAUUCAAUCUUGAUAUCGACAGUGAUUUAGACGCACCAAUUGGUGUUGCUCUCUCAGCGCCAAAUGGCAUCAUAGCACGUGUAAUGCUUUGGGUCAAUGGAUAUCAAUACGGAAAAUACGUCCCUCACAUUGGCCCGCAGACGAAGUUUCCUAUUCCUCCGGGAAUCAUCAACAACCGGGGUCAGAAUACAUUAGCCUUGAGUGUGUGGGCGCAAACAGAUGCCGGUGUGAAGCUCGACACUGUACAGCUCUUCACCUACGGGUUGUAUCAGACGGAUUUUCAGUUUGAUCGGGACUGGAGCUAUUUGCAGCCGAGGUGGGAGGAUAGAAGCAUGUAUUCUUAG